CUUGUCCAGCAUUUGUUGGCCAUCAGCGAAGUCAAGCUGCUUGUGUCUGGAGCGUGAGGAGAGAUCUUCUCUUUUAUUUUGUCUUUAUACAAUAUUUUUUCAUCUGCUGUCAUCUCUGGGAUCAUGACCUCUAAUUCCAAUUUAUCCAACAUGCGGCGGCUGGUGGAACAACUUAAACUUGAGGCCAGUGUGGAAAGAAUUAAGGUGUCCCAGGCAGCUGCAGAGCUGCAGCAGUACUGUCUGCAGAACGCGGGCAAAGACGCCCUGCUGGUCGGAGUCCCUACAGGGAGCAACCCCUUCAGAGAGCCGCGCUCCUGCGCUGUGGUGUGAAGAGUACAAAGAAGAGGACGCAACUGUGACAUCUCCUACAGGGAAAAAGAGAUUUCAGCGUUUUGCCUUUUUAUCCAGAUAGGUUUUGUACAAAUUCUAAGCUUUUUUUAUGAAAGAAAAUAGACUGUAAUAAAAUAUUUCUUUGGUACAUAUGUUUUUCAUUUAUAUUAUUUUACAUCUUUUUAGCUUUCUUUUUUUAAAAAACAAACAAACAACACAUGGUGUAACUGUAUGUCUCAUUAGACGUCUCUUUAAGAAUGAUUUCUAUGUUAUGAAGGAGCGGAGUGAUACAGUGGUUAUCUACAAAUGAUACAAAACGGAUGUUUUAGCCUGCUCACUAAAUGACACUCUGGAAUCUCAUGGCGCUGGAACUUCCUGAUGUUCAGUCUAAGUUAGGAACACAGCUAGAGAGAGGAAACUGAGUCUUCCUGUUUCAAACUGCAAAGACACAGUGAAAGAUAACACUGAGGCAGCUCGCUUUUUGGACUUAUUCGUAAGAUCAAGCUAUGCUAAUUCAGAAAUAAAACCUGUGCUUGAAUAAAAAACAAGGCUCAUACGUAAAUAUUUGCUGUCAUAAUGAGCUGUUCUGAGUUGAGUAAAACCUCGUCCUGCAGAUUUUAUUAUUAGCUGUUUUUACCAAUUUAAAAUAUAUAUUUUUGCCUUUAGGUAUAUAAAGGUUAAUGUAAAAACUGUCUAGUGCAGCAUCAAUAAUGUCUAGCCGGUCAUGAGACGACUCUCAUUUUUAUCACUUCCUUUUCCUUCCAGUGCACAUUUAAGGGAGGAGUCUUUGUAGAGUUAUCUAUAGAGCCGCUGCCAGUAUUUCUGACCUGUACUUAAAUAUGCCUAUGAUUUUUGUCUUAGCUAACCAUUUAUAAUUAACCUUUUAGCUGAAUGUUAACAGUAUGUUGUAAUGCUCAAAGCUUUAAAAUUAUGCAAAGUAAGAGGAGAUGCUUGCAAAGUUAACUGGAGGUUUUCCUUUAUCUCUGCAAUCUAUAAUUAAGUAAAGCCAUCCAUCCAUUGCCGAGUUCCCUGCUAACCCUGAUUUCCCCAAAUCCAUUGGAACAUUUAAUUACUCUUAUCCUCUUUAAUCCAUCCCAGGCUGUCUAUUAUGUGUGUUCUGCAGGAAUUUUGCCCAGCAUGUAUGAAACAGGAAAACAUAGGACAAAAACUUGAUGCUUUUUUUUUUUUUUUGAACAGAUAAAACUAUGAGCAAGAAUGAUUUCACUGCAGAUUAUUGUGAAAGUCACUCCAAAUUUCAUUCAAGAUUUUAACUGUAACAAUUUUUAAAAGUUACUCAGACGAUGUUUAUGAAUGCUGUAAAAUAUUCAAAUGUUAAUGUUUUCACAUUUCUUGCUUUACUGAGCAUCUCCUUUGCCUUUUGACUGCAGUCCCCUGCUAGCAGCAGCAACGAUAACACAACUAAUAAACACAGAGGGGUGUCAACUUUUUACUACAUAUAGAUGAAAUAAAACUUUUAGAAAAUUGACACCCACUUUCUAAGAAAGCCCUGGGAAACAUCACAUUUCUUGCCCAUAAAAAGUGUUGCCCAUAAAAUGACCACUGACCACAAGGGAGUUUAAACUGGAAAAACAAAAACGACACUAAGAAAAUUUCACAGAUCAGGAAUGCUUAAAAGCUAAAAGUAUUGCCAUCCUGCCAGGGCUGGACUAUGGGGUAAAUUUUUACCAAGGUAAUUCUUGAUUCUGCUGUGGUUUAACCCUGGUGCAGUUAAAAAUUAAAAAGUCUUGAAUAAUGGUAUACAAGAAUGCCAAGAAAACCUUCUGGGCUCCUGAAAAAGGUUUCUUAAGUAGAAAUGUUUUUUCUCCACCCCUUUACAGCACCUAUAAAUCUAAAUUCUAAGUAAUUUUCACUUUGACCAGUCAUUCUUCUCAGAUCAUUGUAUAUAUCAAAGUUAGAUACCUUUGUUUAGAGUUGCCUUUACUAAUAAUAAGUGGAACACAGACUAAUUCUAGUCUGGAUUGCAUCUUUUCAUUAUUAUUUAUUUUACCACUGUAGUGUAAUGUUUUUUGUUUGUUGAUUGUGUUACGUUUUUAUCAUGAGAAGAACUUUGAACUGCCUACUUGUUGAAAUGUGCUUUUCAGAUAAACCUGGCUAGAAACUUGACUGAUGUAUCACAAAAAGCCUGCCUACUUUCUAUUGGACAUUAGGGGUUUACUUUUGUUGGAUAAAUGUAACUAAAAAGGCAAAUGUUACUUUGUGGAACAGGUUCAGUAACAUUAGUAUCAGUGACUCAUCAGCUUGUUAGUUUCUGUUGAGUUUAGUGUUUUGUUUCAGGGCAAAUCAAAUUUUUCACUUCUUCCCAUGUAGUACAUACAGAAAGACUUUGCAUGUUUUAAAGCGCCUGUUUUAGGCAAAACAUUACUGUUGAUGAUGUUGCAGUUAGAUUUUUAUCUCUUGCUGGCUUCAAAGAUUUCUCUCUUUAGGUCAAAAAUUUGAAGAACUACCUUUUGCUGCAAUUACAGUCGAGUCUUUUUGGGGUAUGUUUCUAAUAGGUUUUCAUAUCUAAAGGCUGAAUGUUUUCUUAUGAGUCAUUGCAAAAUAGCUCAAACUCAUUUCCAAUUAGAUUUUGACUGGCCCCUUCUAACAUGUCCCUCGAUUUAAACCAUGUCUUUGUAGCUUUGGAUGAAUGUUUGGGGUCAUUGUCCUGUUGGCAGCCGAAUCACUGCCACAUUCUCCAUUCUUUUAUAAACUCUAACAGCGUU